GAGCCAGCGCGCCUUUCGGGAAGCGGCGGCGGCAGGAGGUGACCCGAGACGAGCCCGCAGCCGCCGCCCCCACCGGCCACGGGAGCGCGCCCGGCCCCGUCCUGUUCCCGGUCCCGUCCCGGCAUGGCGGGGCCGCGGGGGGGCCGGCCGGCGCGGCGCUCCGCCGGGGCUGGCGGUGGCGGGUGCUGCUGGGCGCUGCCCACGGCACUGCUAUGCGCCUACGGCUUCUUCUGCAGUGUGCGGCCCUCGGAGCCCUUCCUCACCCCCUACCUGCUUGGGCCGCACAAAAACCUCUCCGAGACCCAGGUGUUCAACGAGAUUUACCCGGUGUGGACUUACUCCUACCUGGCACUCCUGUUCCCGGUGUUCCUGGCCACGGACUACCUGCGGUACAAGCCCGUAGUCCUGCUGCAGGGCCUGAGCCUCAUCAUCACCUGGUUUAUGCUGCUAUAUGCCCAGGGGCUGCGGGCGUUCCAAUUCCUCGAGUUCUUCUACGGGAUGGGGACUGCCACCGACAUCGCCUAUUACUCCUACAUCUACAGCGUCGUCGACGUCAACUUGUACCAGAAGGUCACCAGCUACUGCCGGAGCGCAACCCUGGUGGGCUAUACGGUGGGCUCGGUGUCCGGGCAGGUCCUUGUGUCCGUGGCAGGAUGGUCUCUCUUCAGCUUGAAUGUUAUCUCCUUAACCAGCAUAUCCAUUGCCUUUGGCUCAGCGUGGUUCCUUCCCAUGCCACAGAAAAGCCUUUUCUUUCACCAUGUCUCAAGUCAGCAGCUCAGUUGGGAAAUGAAGGUCAUGGACUGUAAAAAUGGCUCGGCUGUCCAAGAUCAUACCGAUGUGCAGAGGGCACCCGGCUGGGAGGAUGAGGCAAAAGUUCCCUUAAACGGGGAGGGUCGUUCAGCAGAGAAGCAGUCUGUGCAGGAGCAGAAAGUAGACAUUGUAAAGGUGUUCAAAGAUCUCUGGUGGGACUUCCUGCAGUGUUACUCCUCCAAGACCAUGCUUUGCUGGUCUGUAUGGUGGGCACUGUCUACCUGUGGCUACUUCCAGGUCAUCAACUAUGCUCAGGGCCUGUGGGAGAUGGUGAUGCCUUCUCACAGCACGAAUAUCUACAAUGGCGCUGUGGAGGCAGUCUCGACGCUGCUAGGAGCUGUUGCAGUGUUUGUUGUGGGUCACAUAAAAACAUCCUGGGCGAUGUGGGGUGAGGUGGCACUUGCCCUGUUCUCCUUUCUUAUUGCUGCUGCCGUCUAUAUUAUGGACACGGUUCGUAACAUCUGGGUCUGCUAUGCAUCGUAUGUUGUCUUCAGAAUUAUCUACAUGCUGCUAAUCACAAUAGCAACGUUCCAGAUUGCUACAAAUCUCAGCGUGGAGCGGUACGCCCUGGUGUUUGGGGUCAAUACUUUCAUUGCCUUAGCACUUCAGACUCUGCUCACUUUGAUUGUUGUGGAUGCCAGCGGGCUUGGGUUGGACAUCUUCACCCAGUUCCUGAUUUAUGCCUCUUACUUUGCGGCCAUCUCGCUGGUGUUCUUGGGCAGUGGCAUAUACAGCAUUAUGAGAGCUUACCGGAGACAAGAGCAGAUGCACAGCAGAUCUUCGGAAAGCCAGUAGUGCACCAAGUGAAGACUCUUGGUGGCUAUGUAUGAACAUAUAGGUCUGGUUUUUUAAUCUCUGCCUUUUCUUCCCAAGGCAGUCACCUUAAUGGUAUUUAUUCCAUAUGUAUACUAUAUUAGUAGCACAUUUUAGAAGGUAAAUAUAUUAGUUCUUACGUAAGUAAGAACAAAUACCGUCUUUCUAAAAUGCCUUUUGUUUUGAUGUUGCAUAUAUGGGAUGUGCAGCAAAGAACAGUAAGUUUUCUUAAAGAAUGAAAGCCUUCAGAGGUUCUAGUCUAAGGCUGUGCAUCUGGAGGCUGCCAUUGAAAAGGCAGAUUGUUUAGUCAACUGCUGCUCUCUGUCUCUGAGGUGCUGCUGCAGGGCAGAAGUGAGGGCACACUAACAGACCUCUGUGGAGACCCCCAGGCCCAGGAUGGGAGGUGGCCUUAGGCCUGUGCUCUGCAGUGUGGCUCUCCUGUGUCUGCCCCAUGAUGCUGGAUGCUCUGUUUUGAGCAUUUAUGUUUCUGCAUAUUCACAUGCUUCCCUGAGCUGCUUGUACUGUUUCUGCUGUUCCUGUCUGUCACCCCUGCUGUCAGAGUUUUACCAUAGCUGAUCACGGUGCUUCCCUAAAAACUUAACUGGAGCAACUUGUGACACUGGUGAAUUGGCUAUCAACAGCGCUACUUGUGCCAUAAAGGCCCAUGUGCCCAAGGGACUGUAAAGCUAGAGGGGAAGCUUAGAGGGAAUUUAAGUAGGCAAAAUGCUAAUCUGAGGAACCUUUGGACAUCCUUACCUUUGCCCUUGUGGACUGCAGAUUCCUGUGAUUACAGGAGUGGCUGCCUCACAACUCGGGGGGCUGGGCUAUUUCAGUGGGAUGGUGGAAGUUAGCAUAGCACUGAAAAGGAUGGCGACUUGCAGGAUUUUAAUCUAUUCUUUGUGACUUUGGAGAAUUGUGACUCUGACUAAAUAGACAUCUUCAGUUAUGGUAGUUAGAAGGUUGACUGCGUGAUGCUUUGAAAAAUGCUGAUUUCUGGUCUGUUUUUCCUAUUAUUUUAAAAUGCCUUUAUGCUUCUGGUGGGUCUCUGUCUACUAGUUCUACCUCUUCUUUCCACCUAAGCAGGACAAUGAGUAUUUGGAGUGGGCAGUUCUUUUAUUUUGUCCAGUCUAAGCAAUUUGGGAUUUGCCUCAUACCUGGUUUUUAAAAAUAAUUUAUUUUUUCCAAAUUGCUUCAGUACUGGGAAGGAGUUGCACAGAGUUGUCCUGGGCCUGGGCACCUGGACACUCAGCCACCAUAACCGGUACAACCACAGAUAUCAGUAGAUACUGUAGAAAUGGCCCGUGGACUGUCCCUGUUGCUGUGCAGGUUGUGGUGAGUUUAAGCAUACAGGAGAACUGGCAAGGGAGAGAAGAUGCAAUGCACCGUGCCUCCCUCCGUGCCUUCUCUCCAUGUGUUGGUUAGAGCUGCUUCCAGUCAGAGCCUAAAGCAGCAGCUUUGGUUCAUUGCUUGCUUUUAGUGCCAUGGAGACUUCACAGCAUUGGGGUUGGGAAGGCUUCUCUCUCCGGGCUGAGACAGGUACGGCCUUUCUCAUCACUUUUAUGAGCCUCGUUCACCUUGCGUGGUAAAGGCUGAUUAAUGUGUUUGGAAUGUGCUGCCAGGGGUCUGGGGACCCUUUUCAGGCUGGCUGCUCAGGGGAACCCACCCCCCAAAGCUGCUCUGUGUUUGCAGCCUGCCUCUAAAACAUCCCCCUAAACGCAGGGGCUCAGCUGUACUGGCAUUUACACAUAUAAACUUAGCUGCCUUAUCCUGAAAUGAAAACUUGAAGCCACCCUUGUAUGGGUGUCCUUUCUUUACUGUUUUUUUUGUUGUUUUGUUUUUUAAUAAAUAAAACCUGAAGCCAUGAAAUGCUAGCUGAUGAGCUGCCCUGGGAAAAGGGAUAGUGCACAUCCUGCAUAUCCUGUCCUUUGGGUUCCUUGGUCUGAUGGCAGUUGCAAGGCACAAGGAGUGGGUGUGCAGCACUCGUGUCAAGUGACCGAAAGAAGCAGCUUGAUUUUAAUCACAUUUUUCAUACAGAGAACAAAGCUUUGAUGGGGAACUACCCAGUUAUUUAAAGGCAAGUAAAAGAUUAACUAAUGAAUUACAGCAAUAAUAAUGAUUUUUCCACCAAAGUAAUGAAACUGCAGCAACUGCAAUAGAGAGGCAUGCUACACUGCGUUUGUCUUCAGGCCUAUUAAUGUAUGGAAGCCACACCUGGAUGAUGUUCAGGUUCCUACGCUGUGCCGUUGCUGUGGUGAUGAGGUGACUAUAGAGCCUGACUGGAGCUGUAUGCAGAGUUACUGAUGCCUAUGAAAUUCUGUAAACAUAUUGACUUUGGUUUCUAAUUGAAUAGCUAUUUUUGUUAAAUAAAAAUACUCUGAGAUA